AUGGCAUCCGCCUCUAACGCGUACAAGCACGACAAGGCCCUGCAGGCGGCACACCAGCAGCAGCUCAAGGCGCUCCUCCGCGCGCCGGGCAACGAGUCGUGCGCCGACUGCGGCGGCCGCUUCCCACGCUUCGCGUCGGUGUCGCUGGGCGUGUUUCUUUGCAACCGGUGCUACGGCAUCCACCGCGGCAUCGGCGUGCACGUGACGCGCACCAAGUGCGUCGAGCUCGACGCGUGGAGCCACCGCGAGGUCGCCGCCAUGCGCGCCAUGGGCAACCGCCGCGCUGCCGCCAUCUGGCAGGGCUCGCUGCCAGCGGGAGUGAGGGCACCCACGUCAGCCUCAUCGGAUGCCGAAGUGGAGCGGUGGAUUCGAGACAAUGCUGUGAGUGCGAGCAGCACAGGCGGCAUGGCGCAUGCACGGCAGGGCGUGGAUGCGCUCAGCUCAGCCCGCCUCAUGCAUCCACCCCCCGCCACCACAGCAGGCCGUGCAGCCCAUCACGAGCAGCACACCCUAACAGCUGCUGGGGUCCCUGCAGGGCAGACGGGCCAUGCUGCUGCUGUUGGCUCUGGAAGCAGCAGUAUCGGCAAUGUUCUUUCAGUAUCAGGCGCCGGCAGCAGCAGCAGCAUGGAUCUUGGCCCAAGUUACGUAUUACUGUUCAGACUCCCUUGCGGCGCGAGGACUCCACCCGCGUUAAGCCCUCCCCCUCCGCGUGCUCCCCCCGCCAUGGGGAACUGCUUCUCCACGCCGCCGCCGUCGCCCAGAAAGCCCCCGCAGCAGCAACCGCAGCCGCGCGCCCCGCCUCCGCCGGCCGCGCGGCCAAUCCCCAACGGUCACCCGCCUCCCGCGCCGCCGCACGCCCCGGCGCCGGCGCCACAGCCCGUGUCGCCGAGGCAACCAGCGCCCCCGCCCAUCCCUGCCGCAACAGGCGGGUACCCCCUCCGAAAGUCCCUGGCCCCAGGAGUGGUAUCGCAGUACAACUACCAGGAGGUGCAGGCCGCCACUCAGUCCUUCUCCACCGAGAUUGGGCGCGGCGGCUUUGGCGUGGUGUUCCAUGGGCGGCUGGCGGACCCCCAGGGCGGCCCGGCGCACGAGGUGGCGGUGAAGCUGAUGGCGGAGGACCACAUCACCAACGGCAUCGACAGCUUCAUUACGGAGGUGGGCGUGGCGCGGGUGCACCACCCCAACAUACUGCGCCUGGAGGGGUACGUGGUGGGCGCCACGCCCAUUCUCAUCUACGACUACGUCUCCAUGGGGGACGCCUCCACCUACCUCGCUAAAGCGGCGUGGGGAGAGGUGGCGUUCACGUGGAAGCAGCGGGUGGCGGUGGCGCUGGGGUGUGCGGAGGCGCUCACGACCAUCCAUGCCAACAACUUCGUGCAUCGCGACUUCAAAGCCACCAACGUGCUGCUCCGCCAGGACCUGACCCCGGUGGUGGCGGACUUUGGGUUGGCGAGGGCGAUGGGGUCCGUGGGCUACAUCGACCCCAUCUACUUCGACUCGGGCAUGCUAAGCCGCAAGUCGGACACGUACGCGUUUGGCAUCUUCCUGCUGGAGCUGGUGUCGGGGUGCUCAGCCCUGGACGCGCGGUUCAAGGACCUGCGCAAGCUCGUCACCGCCAAGGACUUCCCCGACCCCACGCUCGUGGUGGACCCGCAGCUGCAGGACCAGUGGCAGCUCAAGCAGGUGCUCUUGGCGUUCACACUCAUCAAGUUCGCCAUCUUCUUUGACUGGGAGCACCGGCCCGGCAUGGAUGUGCUCCGUGACAAGCUAAAGAACCUGAUUAAUGACAUGUGA